UGUGUUCUAAACCCUAUAUUCAGCUUCGACAUCUUUGUUAGAGGAACCUUCAGCAGCGGAGCCUUGAAGAAACCAACUGCAAUUAUAAAUAACAAUGGUGUCAGGCAAGAAAACGAAGAAGACCCAUGAAAGCAUCAACAACAGGCUGGCUCUCGUCAUGAAGAGUGGGAAAUACACUCUUGGCUAUAAAACAGUGCUCAAGUCCCUCCGGACCUCCAAAGGGAAGCUGAUUAUCAUUUCGAACAAUUGUCCACCGCUGAGGAAAUCUGAGAUUGAAUACUACGCAAUGCUUUGUAAAGUUGGGGUUCACCAUUAUAAUGGAAACAACAAUGAUCUAGGAACUGCUUGUGGGAAAUAUUUUCGUGUAUCCUGCUUGAGUAUCGUCGAUCCCGGUGACUCCGACAUCAUCAAGUCUCUACCAGGCGAUAACUGAGUCAAUGAAGGUCAGGUUCUCUACCAUUUGACAGCAUAAUGAUGAUGUUUCUUUACAUUUUCACUAUAUUGUUUUGCUUUGCCCUCACCUGUUUUUGUUUAAGAGGAUUUGGUAUUUUCUUAUUGUUAAGUUGUGGAUGUUGCUAAAAUUUGUAGCUUGAAUACCAAUUUUUUUGUUUUGAUUAAUGAGGAUUCUGGAUUUU